UUGGUUGACGUGCUAAGAACAUUUGCGUUUUCAAUGUUGCCCCUUAUUUUGUUGUUGUUAUUCAGCGUAUCAGCAGAUGCCUAUACGCGCGGUGAAAGCUUGAGGGAACUGCGCAAAUUGAUGCAACAGCAGGAUGAACAAGAGGCUUUAGUAAAUGACUUUCAAACGGAUGUCAAUUUAUGGGCUCAAUCCUUAGAGCAAUUUGGCCAAGAAUUCCUACAUUUUGUUGAGCAUUGUCGUCAUUUGGGCAGUUAUUGUGAGCAGCGAAAAGUGCAGCGAAGAUUACGUGGGUUAAGACACACCUACAGCCAACUACGUGCCCAAUUGGAGGCCGUGGAGGUAAAGUAUGCCAGAAGAAUCAGCAAUCACGAGGAUUUUGAGCCCACCCUGCAAGCUGUCGAGGAUGUACUCAAGCAAUAUGAUGAGACACUAAGGCUAGUCAAUAUGGAAAUCUAUAAAUUGGUAGAACAGUAAUAAUUUAGCAAAUAAGUUUAUAUAUUUAUUAUCGAUUACUAAUAUAUAAAUAUAUGUAUAUAA